AUGGCCCGGCGGCAGGCCAGGAAUCGAGAGCUCGACGUAUUGGCCGACAGAGAUCCCACCAUCCUCGAGGACAAGUUCCCCGCUGAGCUCACCCGUCGAUACACGCUCGUCUUCAGGCCUCGGACAGCCGUUGAGGACGGUGCCUCAAAGGCCCUGGCUGUCCGACAUGUGCGCGGCGAGCACCUCGGCCACCUCAUCACCGUCCGAGCCAUCGCCACGCGCGUCUCCGACGUCAAGCCCAUUGUGCAGGUCAGCGCAUACACGUGCGACCGCUGCGGCUGCGAAAUCUUCCAACCCAUCGCCGACAAGCAGUACGGUCCCCUGACCAUGUGCCCCUCGUCCGACUGCAAGAAGAACCAGGCCAAGGGCCAGCUGCACCCCUCAUCCAGAGCGUCCAAGUUCUUGCCCUUCCAGGAGGUCAAGGUGCAAGAGCUGGCUGAGCAGGUUCCCAUUGGCCAGAUCCCGCGAUCUCUCACGGUGCACUGCUUUGGCAGCCUGGUUCGAAAAGUCAACCCUGGUGACGUCGUCGACAUCUCUGGCAUUUUCUUGCCCACGCCCUACACCGGCUUCAAGGCCAUCAGGGCUGGUCUGCUGACUGACACGUACCUUGAGGCUCACCACAUUCACCAGCACAAAAAGGCUUACAGCGAGAUGAUUGUCGACCCUCAGCUCGUUCGAAGAAUCGAUAGAUACCGACAGUCUGGCCAAGUCUACGAGCUGCUCGCCAAGUCGAUUGCCCCUGAAAUCUUUGGCCAUCUAGACGUCAAGAAGGCUCUUUUGCUGCUUCUCAUUGGCGGUGUCACCAAGGAGAUGGGCGACGGUAUGAAGAUUCGUGGCGACAUCAACAUCUGCCUGAUGGGUGAUCCCGGUGUUGCCAAGUCUCAGAUGCUGAAGUACAUCUCCAAAGUGGCCCCGCGCGGUGUCUAUACCUCAGGUCGCGGAAGCAGUGGCGUCGGUCUCACUGCCGCCGUCAUGCGAGACCCGGUCACGGACGAGAUGGUUCUGGAAGGUGGUGCGCUUGUGCUCGCUGACAACGGCAUCUGCUGCAUCGACGAAUUCGACAAGAUGGAUGAGAAUGACCGCACGGCCAUCCACGAAGUCAUGGAACAGCAGACCAUUUCCAUCUCCAAGGCCGGCAUCUCCACGAGCCUCAACGCCCGAACUUCGAUCCUAGCAGCCGCUAACCCGGUCUAUGGCCGAUACAACCCUCGCAUCUCUCCCGUCGAAAACAUCAACCUCCCCGCUGCCCUCCUGUCUCGUUUCGAUAUCCUUUUCCUGCUCCUCGAUACCCCCACCCGAGACACGGACGAACAGCUGGCCAAGCACGUCACCUACGUCCACAUGAACAACCGACAUCCCGACCUCGGCACCGACAACGUCGUCUUCUCUCCCCACGAAGUGCGAUCUUACGUCGCCCAGGCCCGAACCUAUCGACCAGUCGUCCCCGAGUCCGUCUCCGAGUACAUGAUCAAGACGUACGUCCGUCUGCGAGACCAGCAGCAGCGAGCGGAGAAGAAGGGCAAGCAGUUUACGCACACCACGCCACGUACCCUGCUGGGCGUGGUGCGUCUGGCCCAGGCCCUCGCCCGUCUCCGUUUCAGCAACCAGGUAACGCAAGAUGAUGUCGACGAGGCCUUGCGGCUCGUCGAAGCCAGUAAGGAGAGCUUGAACACGGACGCCGGCGGCCCUCGGCGCGGCCUCAACGCCAGCAGCAGGAUCUACAACCUCGUCAAGGCCCUGGCCGACUCGGGCGCUUGCCGCCCUGAUGAUGCGGAUGAAGACGAUGAGCUGGGCGUUGAGCUGAGCAUGAGGAAGGUCAAGGAGCGUGUCAUUGCCAAGGGCUUCACGGAGGACCAGUGGCUGAAUGCCCUGGAAGAAUACACCACUUUGGAUGUUUGGCAAACUGCUGGCGGCGGCUCAAGGCUAGUCUUUGUGACUGCGGACGAUGACAGAGAAGACAGCAUGGAAGAGUAA